AUGACUGCAUCUUCAACGUUGUUGAAACAUCCAUUUAAAGAUAAACAUCAUCCUGUACUUCUAACAAUUUGGAAUACGAAAGGAGAUGGACGGGCACGAAUUGCUAAAUUAAAAGAUUUAGUUGAUGGUGGAACAACUGUAAAUGCUCAAUACGACAUUUUACAUGAACAAACCGGAGAGCCAAAAGCAAAAGUGACACCGCUCAUCAUUGCUUGUUUUGAAGGUGAUCUUGAUUUAAUCAAAUUUCUUCUCGAUAAUAAGGCUGAUCCAAAUCAAACUGAAAGUGAACAUAAUUUGACUCCCAUUCAUGUCUUAUGCGAUGCUCCUUAUAAAGGACAAACAUUGACGGAUCGUGCUGAUUUAAUUCAUCUAAUGGUUAAAAAAGGUGCCGAUGUCAAUCAUUUAGAUAAACAUAAUAUGGCAUCAAUCCAUAAGGCUGUUAUUCAUAAUCAUGUCGAUUGCACGCAAGCUUUAUUGGAAGAAAAAGCAAAUCCAAAUAUUGCUUUGGAGGGAGAUACAGCAUUAGUUAUUGCAGCCAGAAAUGGACAAAGUAAAAUCUUAAAACUUUUAUUGAAUAAUAAAGAGACAAAAAUUGAUGUUCGAAAUGAACACGGUGGAACAGUUUUACAUUUUGCUGCUGCUGGUAUGAUUGAUAGUCCAGAAUGUGUUGAAUUAUUACUUGGUCAAGGUAUUAAUGUCAAUAUUCAAGAUUCAAAAAUGAACACACCGGCAAUGAUCGCUUGUUUCUUCAAUAAACCACGAAUUCUUACAGCAUUGAUAAAUGCUGGUGCUGAUAUCACAAUAAAAAAUAAUGAAGGGAAAGAUUGUCAUGCAGUAACAGUCGAUAGAGAUGUCGAAGAUUGUAAACAAAUAAUCGAAAAUGAAUUUGCUAAAAGAAAAUAA